CGUCCACUCUCCACAACAACUCACAGCACCGCCAGCGCGGCCACUACACGAGCAGCGCGAGAAGCCUACCACCGGCAGCGCUACAUUCGACUGCAAGACCCCCGCGUCUCCCGCCCUCAGCCUUCCUCUUCACCACCCCUCCCCACCCACCACCAUGUUCGGCUUCCUCGGCAACGUCUUCUACGCGGCGCUGCUGCUCACCAACGCGAUUGCGAUUUUGAACGAGGAGCGCUUUUUGGCGAAGAUCGGAUGGUCCGCCAAGGCCCCAGCAACGGCCAACUCGGGCUUCGGCGCCACGCCCGACGCAUACGGCGGCAACCAGGGCUUUGAUAGCCCCGAAGGCGUGAGCCUCAAGGCUAAGGUUGUGAACUUGAUCAGCGCGGUGCGAACCUUGAUGCGGUUGCCGCUGAUCGUCGUGAACGCGUUUGUGAUCCUGUAUCUGAUCAUUAUCCCAUGAGGUGGUGGCAGAGGCGGAGCCGGAGGAGGGAAGUGUAGACGAGGAGGAGGAGGCCGAGGACGCGGACGGCGGCAGAGUCUAAUUCAUAUGCAUUAUUACGUCCAUC